AAACCGUUCUCUCGCAGGCGGCGCUAAAUUUCAAAUGGGGAAUUCUGGACAAGGGGUGAUCUGCUAGCUAAGUUUCGAAGGCACAUCGAUUUCAAGUUUAAUAUAUACAAAUCGAGGACUGUUUUACGAUUAGAUCUUCAGUGGAGACUUUCGCAAAAACAAAAUGAGUGCAGUCUCUACCCCAACCUCCCGGAUGCGGCAAUGGGCUUCCCCAUCUUUGGGGCCGAAAGCAGCUAUGUCUGCUACCAGCAGCCCACGUCUUGCUGCUUGUUUUCCUGGCAACGACGAUGAACAGGAGCGACGGCAAAGGCGUAGAUCCAGAGUAAUUGACCUACAGGCAGGGCCAGACUCUUCCUUCAGCGAUGCUGCAUCGCACAGUAAUGCUGGGACCCCUGCUGCUGUGCCCAAGCUGUCCACAGCCCAGAUCUCUGAGCACUACUCCACUUGCAUCAAACUCUCCACUGAAAAUAAAAUUACAACAAAAAAUGCUUUUGGUCUGCAUCUCAUUGACUACAUGGCAGACAUUCUACAGCAGAAGGACUCAGAGCUCAAUUUCAAGGUUGCAGCUGGUACGCUGGAUGCCAGUACCAAGAUCUAUGCCGUGCGAGUGGAUGCUGUCCAUGCAGAUGCUUAUAGAGUCCUGGGAGGCCUGGGCGCUGAGACUAAGCCCAAGGAAGGGCCAGAUGGAGGGGAGGAUGCUGCAGCUGAGGAUGGUGACGAGGGAGAGCAGUCUACCGCCAAGCAGGUAGCAAGGAAGAAGCGUCCUCCCAAAAAGACCGUGGAGCAAAACCUGGGCAACAUCAACCGCUCCGAGUCCGAGAUGAAGUGCGAGAUUGACCCCAUGUUCCAGCGCAUGGCUGCGUCCUUCGAUGAGAACAGCACGGCCGGGGUCUUCCUGUCGGUGCUCUUCAGCGAGGACAGCCGCUGUGAGCUGCGCUUCCCCUCUCACAUGACCCUGCUGCACUCCAGGCCCCCCUGCAGCGCUGUGCCCACGCAGCAUGUCUCCGCCCGACCCCUCACAGGUGGUCUUAAGUCUUUGGAAGAACGUCCCAUCUGCCCGUCACUGGGGGACUUCUCAUUCACAAGAUGGUCGCCCGACCAGACUAUGAAUCAGCUGCUGGAGAAGUUGAAACAGGGUGAGCACGUGUUUGACGUAAACGCCGACAUUGAGCCGGAUGAGGAGGAGUGCCAGGACUUUGGGGACAACUUUGACGCAGACAGCGAAGAGGUCGGCCAGGGGGAUUUCAGCGGAGAGGGUUUCGACGAGCACAAAGAGAGCUGUGCCAAUCAGAAACCAGACAAACGUGGUGUCAUACCAAUUGGAGAAGCGGACAUCACAGCCAUGUGUCUCCAGCUGUCAUCUCAGCCCAGAGAGUACUCAUACUUCAGCCCCAAAACUAUGGCGUCAUGGGUUGGGCCUGGCUACUGGCUUUUCAAACCAGGACAGAAACAGGAUCAAAUGCAAGAUAAGGAAGCCCGAAAGAGGGCACCAAAGAGUGCGCUGGUCAUCGACUUCAGUGAAGACAUUCACUUCCACAAUUAUUUCAAGACAACAAGAGCAGCCACCACCAUCAGCAAGUCGGCUUUAAACACCAGCAAUAAGAAGACCACUCUUCCGUCAGACUUCCAGUAUCCCCUGAAAAACUUGUCUCAGCUCAGUCUCAAGCCCUCCAGCACACUGUGUGCAGAGGGGAAGAAAAGGCUGUCUGGAGAGCUUGGCGAGGGCAUCGGAGAAUACGACUACAACAACGCCAACGACACGGCCAACUUCUGCCCUGGUGUUGAGGGAGGGGACAGUGAUGAUGAGAUGGAAGAGUUUGGAGCCUUGCAGGACUCUCAGGCCUCUAUGGACGGCCUCCCCCAGUCCAUGCCGGACCACGACGGUCUCUCAGUGUACGGCGAGGACAACCUGGUGCCAGAACCACACAAGGUCAACACAAUUGAGAUCAAUUAUGCUAAAACAGCUAAGAAGAUGGACAUGAAGAGACUGAAGACCACUUUGUGGGGGCUACUAUCGGACGGCCCUGAGAAACUGGUAGAGGACACCCCCACAGACACAAGUGAUGCCAAAGCAGGAGUUGCUGGCGAGAAAUCCUUCAGUCAGUCUACCCGGAACCUAAUGCAGAAACUGCCCAGCGCUAUGGCAAACAACCUGUCCGUGCCUCUGGCCUUCGUCGCCCUGUUGCACUUGGCCAAUGAAAGAAACUUGUCACUUCUUAAAGUGGAUAACAUGUCGGACAUCCUCAUCAAGCAAGACCACUAAGGAUGGACUGCUGAUGUGCUCAAGAUUUUUACUAUUUUUGUACUCGUUAUUUCCAUUUUAACCUUUAACAUAAUUAUUCACCUUUUUGAUAGUGUCUUUGAAAUACCUGGCCACCAAUUUCCACAUUAAGGUAUACCAUUAUUUUGGCAACAUUUUUAGAUUUCUUCAUUAAGUAUUUGUGUAAAUCUUUUUCUAUAUGUAUAUAUAACUAUUGUGGUUACUCAACCCAUGACUACAUCACAAAAUAAAGACAUACAGAAUUGACAUGAUGAACUACACAUUCUUACUGAGCCUUUCAUGUUUGUUACCUCUACAUGUUGUCUGACCUGUCAGUGUUUUCUGUAUGUUAUAUAUGUGGGCCACAUUCUGAAAAAUAAAAACAUCUUUCAUUAAAAAUGA